CCACAUUCUUUUAUUCACUACUUUUUUCACAUCAAGACAAAAAACACGCUAAAAGAAUUUUAAAAUCAAAAUGAACAAUUACAACUGGAACAUAAAAAAAUAAGUUUUUCCACAUACAAGGGAACAUGCUGUCAUCCUGAUGAAGUUUGUCAAGUAAUGGUGAGCCAUAAGCCACAAUAAUCAAGUUUUAAGAACUCACCAAAACAUAUUUAGCAAUGGUUACGUAAAGACAACAUUGGGGUUUACGACGCACUAUUGUUGCCAUAGAAACAAACAGCUCUGACGCAGCCCCCACUACUGACAGAUCGCCUCUUUUCUGUCACGUACGCAAUUUUGCGAUUUGUAACGUCAUGAAAGUUGUCGUAUUUGCGCUCCUCGUGCUGUCAGAAGUCUCUCGUGCUGGGCAGAUUUCUACCAAAGUGCUUCCUCCAGAGUCUCUGGGCUCCAGCUUUAAGGAUUCGACUUUGACUGGCUACAGUGAUUGUUCUCCUGAUAAGCAGCUGGUGUUUGACGUCCACACCACUCUGCAGGCUUCCUUACAUUUAAAUAAAAGAAAUGUCAGCUGUCGGCAUCCUGACCUAGAUAUUCCUUGCUUCCUCUAUGGAAACCAUUUCUUCCCAUCCUUCUUAAUUCAUGAUUUGGUCUUGGGAGAGACAUCCAAGUUUUUGGGGAGCUACACCUUAAAGGUUGUAGGUGGUGGUGCUCAGUCUCGGGAGCAUAUUCGUCAAUACGGCCCAGAGGAGGUAUUGAGAUACAACAGCCACAACUAUAGUUCAAAGGCAACACUGGUAUGGGGUCAAGUCAAGCUGCAGUCUUUUAACAGGACUACAGAAGGUUUCUUCAUUCUGAAUGGUUCCAGAAACAAUGAAUUCAGGUGGCUUUGUAUGAAGAACUCACCCUGUGGUGAUUUUAUACCCCAGGGUCUGACUACUCCACGCUUUUAUUUCAUCAUUGAGGUCUCGAACAGGAAUAUAGACAUGAACACAUCCUGCAGUUACACUUCUCAUUUUGAGAUUAUGGUCCUUGCACUGCCAGUAAGUGCAGACAGAAAGCUGUUCAUUCUUCUGAUGUCUCUAACACCAAUCUUUGGCUUGAUGUUUUUUUAUUGUAUGAUACAGUUGAUGAAAGCGGCAAUUUCUGAAUGUCAUGAUAACACACAAGGUAAUUCACAAUAGAAAACCAUUUAACUUAACCCAGAUUUCACUUGACAAAAAAUCUACUUUGAUCUAGUUUUAUUAGUAUUGUAAAAGUUGUGUUUGUGUUCUUUGUUUAAGUCAUUUAUUAUGAAGUUCUGUGUUUAAAUGUUAUGUUGUAUUUGCUGAAGGUUAUAGUCAUGCCAUGUUGUUCAUGUCACUUUAUUAAAACUGCACUUGGGUCUA